ACAUAGCUGCAAAGUUCGUGUGCGUGUUUCUCUUUUAUCUCCGUGAAAAUUCUUCAAAAAUAACGUGUUUUCACUUACUUGAAGUGCAGUAAAUACAACAAGAAGUGGUAUCUGAUUGUUUAUAUACUCCACAAAUGUGUUUUACCGAAGAAUAUUGAUUUCUGACGGUAUUUUCGAUACUAUCAGCAACUGUCUCAUCGUCUGCAAAACGCACACACACACAACUUGAAAAGACAGCAUAAGAACGCCACAUUUUUUUGUCUGCAUAGAAUUCGCAAAUUCAUAUUUUGCGAGUGAUUGCCGAAGACGGAAUGGAAGUGGACGAAAGCCCCGAAAUUCCUGCUGUUGUUAACAAUACAACCGAGGCGGAAGCAGUCCCGGUGAAACUGAUAGAUUCAGGAGGAGCAUUACGGUCGAUUCUUACCUCUGAGGAGUUGAGUACGAUUCCUUCUGAGACGGCGAAAAAAAUUGAAUGCCACUACGAGCAUAAGCUGGAAGAAUUCCUGACUGCAAAAGCGCUCUGCGAAACUGCAAAAACUAAUGUUGAACAACUGAAAACUGACUACGAGAAACAAAUUCAGGAUUUGACUUUGAAGUAUCAAGAUGAAUCGUCCAAGUUUCAUUUUUCCCAGCAAAGUUUCAAGGAGCUUCGGUUGGAACUGGAAGACGCUAAACAGGAAUUGACACAGGCUAAAGAAAAGGUCAAACAAAACGAUGCAAGCACGGCUCGAUUUCGACGCGAACGCAAUGAAGCUGUUAACGAACGGGACACGCUACUAAAUGCAGUCGAACGCAAAACACUGGAAGUUGAACGGCUUCAAGCGGAUGUGAUUGCCCUAGAGCAGAAGCUUAAGUCGGCAAAUGUGACCAAGUGCGAAGCAUUGGCAAAGCUUGAGGAAAUCCAAAGCAAAGAAUUCUCGUUGGAUUUCAAAGAGAGACGUAUGGACAAAGAGUUGUCAAUGCGUGACAACCAAAUCCAGAAACUGACCGAGGACUUAAAUCGAGCAUUGCAGGAUCUUCAAAAUGUUCGUCGUGAUCAAAACUUUAAUGCCUUGACAACGGAAGCGAAACUGGCUGAGAAAACAGAAGAAUUGAAAAUUGCUACGGCACAAAUUGCCCAUUUGGAUCAACAGAAUCAGGAUCUAAGUGAAAAGGCAAAGGACUUGUCCACCAAGUUGCUUCAGCAAAAUGAAGAAACACGGAAAAUGAUGGAUCAUUAUCGAAAAGAGUUACAAUCGCAGACGAAAUUGUGCGAGCUUUACCAGGAGGAUUGCGAAGAUAACAAAAAGCAAACGGAAGAACUCGGUGCAGCCGUAUCCGAACUGAAGAAAUUGUUAAACGAAGCAAGUGAUUCCUAUGGUAAGCUGGAAACGCAACAAAAGUCUCAGGUGAUGAAACAUGAGAAGGAACUGGAAUCGAAAGACCAGAUCGUUCAGCAGUUGAAGGAUGAACUGAAACAUGCAAACGAAUUGCUAAAGUUGGCCAGAGAGGAAAGUUUGGAACAUGCCGUAGAAAAACUGGCUCCGUCUGCUGCCGCUACCAGUAGACUAAUCAAAUCUGGAAUGACGCUAACCGAAUUGUAUACGAUGUACGUCAAGGCAGCUGAAGAUUUGCAAGUCGAGAAAAAGGAAAACAGCAAACUUCAGCUACAGAUCAAAAAUAUUGUUCAGGAAUUGGAGGAACGGGCACCGGAGCUGACUCGUCAGCAGAACGAGUAUCAGAACCUGAAGGAUGCAAAUGAAGAAAUGACAUUGCAGCUGAACAAGCUCAUCGAAGAGAAUGCUGAGGUUCGGUCCGAGCUGGGUUCGAUGCAAGACAAGGUUCGUUAUCUGGACAGUGAAAAUAAGAAGUUCAAAUUGGAGCGAAGCGAUUUAAGCCGCCAGAUUUGUCAUUUGCUCCGAGAAAUUGAACAAAUGCGUGGUGGAUAUGCGUCGGAAGCUGAUCAAUCCAUUUCGUCGGAUAUGAGUGCUAAUGAAGUGAUUACCAAGAAACUGGUGACUUUCAGUGACAUACAGGAGCUGCAGGAAAACAAUGUAAAAUUGCUGCUCGUGGUAAGAGACUUCAGCGCCAAGUUGGAGGAGUUGGAAAUUGCACAAAAUGCAAUGAGCCAGGCAACAUUUGAAGCGAAGAUAGCUUCCUAUACCAAGCGUAUACAGGAGAUGCAAGAGACACAGGAAUAUCAAACGCAAAUGAUGCAACAGUGCAUUCAACAGCGGGAUCGAUAUAAGAAGAUGUACCACGAUGCUAUGCGUAGCUACAAUGCGGUAGGCGGAAAGGGUACUUUGGGUGCUAGCUUGAAUGGAUCACUAUCCGGUGAUAAUGUGGAUGUAGCCAUGGAUGAAGAACUUCCGAGCGCAUCCACGGUCAGUGCGGUUUCCAGUGAAGCGGUUGCUGAGAAGGAUAAGAAAAUUUCCGAAUUGGAGGGUAAAGUGAAGCAAAACCAGCUCAUGGUUACGAAUCUUAAGGAAGAGUACGACAACUACCGGAAGGAAAAACUAACCAACGACAAAAUGAUGAACGAACAGUUUGACGCUAUGCGAACGGAACUUCGGGAAUUGUCCUCUAAGAACAUUAAACUCGCUGCCACCGUGGAAUACAAUAACGAGCAGAUCAAGAUUCAGCAGAAAAAUGUUGCAACCUACAAGAAGCAGAUUUCAACUUUGGAGGAACGAAACAAGAAUUACGAAACUACUAUCUCCAAACAGGAGGCAACGAUCAUGUUCCUCAAAGAUGAAACGAUGAGUGCUCAGUCGAAACUGGCCAGGGCCGAAGUACAGGUGGAGAAUUUGAAACAUGAAUGUCGCAUUUUGAAGGACGCCGAAUCCAGAUUGCAGACAGAGCGAGAAAUCCUAAACCGGGAACGUCAAAAUCAGAAUCUACUGUUGAACAAUCUCGAAAUGAUUAAGGUCACUAUGGAACGAUCGGAAGCCGAAGGAAGAAUCCGACUGGAAUCUCGCCUCGAUGAGACGUCUCGUGAGUGUUCUGCGUUACGGCGACGUUUGCAGGAGGAACAGGAUCGUUUCCGGGAGCUGACUACACACCUGGAACGUCAAAUGCAAACGGCUAAGCAGCGCAUGGAGGAGGAAAUGGCCAUUGCCGAAACCGUACAAGCCGAGCUUAAAAACGCACGCGAUGAAUUGGAGAUCAAGUCGAGGAAAAUUGACGAUUUGAACAAAAAACUCCAGGAAACACUUUCACCCAACGACGAAGACAAUCCGAUGACUCAGGCGAAUAGAAAAAUUCGAGAGCUGGAACAAAAGCUCAGUGAAGCUAAUAUUGAAAUUGAAUCCCUGCAAAAAGAACUGGCAACUGCUAAGGAACAUGUCAAGCAAUACUGCAAUAUGUCCGAGUCUUCCGAAAAGGAACUGAAAGAUCUCAAUGAACUGUACACCACCUACAAAACUCAAACUGAAACAGAGCUGAGCGCCCUGAAGAAGAGCGAGAUCGAGCUGAAAGCUCAAGUGGAAGAGUUGAAAACGGAAAACUCUCUCAAAAAGACUGGCGAACAGCUGACUUCCUCCACCGAUAGCGAAUCCGAACUGCACAAAUCACAAAUAGAGCUUAAAGAAGCUCUCGAAAAACUGAGCGAAAAUAAUAAAGAUCUGCGAGAGCUGCGCGAAAAAAAUAACUCCCUUCUGGAACAGUUGCAGCAAGCCGAACAGAAAUAUGCCAACGAGAUGGUCCAACACUCUUCCGAUAUUCAACAAUUGGCCAAUUUGAAAGAGGAAGUUCAGAAAACCAAACUUCAGUUCGAUGAUCUGAAACAGGCCCGAGAUCAAGCUCAAGAACGCGUAAAAACCAGCGAACAAUGCUGGCAGAAUAGGGAGGAGAUUAUGAAAAAGGAAAUCGAUCAGUUAGAGGAACGGUUGGCCGAUUUGAAUUCACAGAAUGCGGCGUUGCAUGACCAAAUCCAGAGCUUAAGCACGAAAUUGUCCAUAACGGCAGCCCAAACAUUGGAACAAAAACCGGCGGAAAAACCGGAUGAAUCUAUGAAUGAUAGCACAAUCGAGGACAGUUCGAUGCUGAAUAAAUCAAUCUCCGACGAGGAGAAACGAUCGGUAGACCAACUGCUGCAAAUUAUCAAGUAUCUACGCAAAGAGAAAGAUAUCGCAGUGGCGCAGUUCGAUAUAUUGCGUUCGGAAAAUGUUCGAGUACGGUCCGAGCUGAUGAUGUUCCAGAAGAAACUCGAGGAGGCCCAGACCGAGCUGAACGUUGAGAGGGAGAAAUCGGAGACUGGAGUCGUAACGACUGCUAAACACGAGGAAAUUCUGCGAAAAUUGGAAACGCUCAAUGCCAUCACCGACAGCAACCGAGGGCUGCGAGAAGAACGCGAUGGUUUGAACAGAAAGAUUAAAGAUUUAUCCGAGCGUCUUCUGAAGGCCGAGGAUGAACUGUUCCCCCUGCAGGAGAAGGUUCGGGAACUGAGUGUUAAAAUCGAAUCGGCUACCAGUGAGAACUCGACACUUCGACUGGAGGCGACCCGGUGGAGACAACGUGCUAAUCUUCUAGUGGAACGAUCGAACAAAACCAGUCCCGAAGAUUGGAAACGUUUACAGACUGAACGAGAAAAUCUUGCCAAAAUGUUGACAAAUGAAAAAGAACUGUUGAAGAAAUCCAACGAAGAGCUUAACUCAAUCAGGAUUGAGAAGGGUAAACUGGAAGCGGAGGUAUCCAAUCUAACGAAACAGCUGGCAAACUCGUCGGAUCAGAAUAAAAAAUACGCGGAGGAAUUGGAUGUUCUGCGUCAGGCUGGCGCCAAGAUGACUGUCGAAAUCGGCGAAGUUAAGUCAGCACUGUCUAAGAGAGAUGAGGAAUUGAAGAAACUUACCGACGAGUUGGCCAGCAAGGAAGAACAGCUGACCGAUGCCAAGAGCAAGGAACAACAGAUUCGCAAGAUUGCCAAGCGCUACAAGGAUUCUUACAUCGAACUGAAGAAGUCUGUGGAUGAAAAGGAAGGUGAAAGUGGAAAGGCUCCUGGCGAGGCUGGUUCUGCUGAUGCAGCUGGAGAGGGUAGCAGCAACGAGCAGCAAGAAAAGAUAACCGAAAAUAACGUAUCAGAACUGAAAUCGCAAAUCACUUCCUCGCAGGAAGAAAUAGAAACUCUCAGGAAAGAGAAUGAUGCGUUGAAGGGUAAGCUGGAAAAAGCUGAACGCAAUCAAGACAUACUGAAGGACGUGAAACACCGGAUUCUCAGUUUAACAGAGAUGAAAAAUAAUGUUACUCGUGAACUGAACAACGCCAAAGCACAGAUUCAAUCGUUGGAGCAUGUACGUGAUGAGAAUGAGUUGCUCAAGUCACAGUUCGAGGGUCGUCUAACACGGCUUACGAAGGAAAACGCUGACCAAGACAAGGAAAAGACAGAUGCCAUUACACGUCUGACUCGCGAAAAUGAACAGCUCAAUAUUCGCAUGAAUCAACUAACCCGACAACUUGGGCUGCAACAAGUUUCCAAACCAUCUACCAGUGCUUCCGGAUCUUCGGAAAAAGGCUCAACAGAAAGUCCUCGUACCGCAAACGUGAAACCGAUUCCCGGUCCAAGUGCUCAACAGUCGGCCACUGUAACACCACGACGAGGUAGCGAAACUCCGUUGGCCAGCAUUCGUCCAAUGUCGGUUCAAGCCAGUAGCCGAACCGCUGCCGUUUUGCCAACCAGUCAAACCUCGAACAACGUUGCGAUUGUUCAGGGUUCGUCAUCUUCGUCAUCAUCAUCAAACACUGGAUCCAGUAGCAGCAGCGUAACGGCACUGGUUCCACCUCAGCAGCAAGUUCACACCACUGGAAGCAAUAACAAUUCCAAUGAAUCCAUGUCCUCAUCACCAACGAGUUCUCACACCGAUUAUAUGCCAGCGACGAGUUCGGCCAAUGUCGCAGUUGCGGCCGUCCCCCCAAUGGGUACGGCUUCCACAUCUUCCUCCACUGCCGAGAGCAGUUCGCAGCAAGAAAACGAAAGCAUUCCAGCUCAACAAGCAAACGAACCUGGUCCUUCGCAGAUGCACGUUUCCGCGGGUCAGCCAUCGCAAGCGGUAGCUCUCGUUUCACCACAUAUCGAAGGCUCGCCGCAAACCGGAGGUAUUGUUACUCAGGUGGCCCAAUCGUCACCUCAACUGCAGCAACCGAUUCAGGAGCAGCAAAAUCCAGCUCCUAGCACUAGUGGAUCUUCUACAUCCAAUGUCCAACAGCUUUCCCUUAGCAGCCAUCAUCAAGCAUCAACUUCAAGCAACACUGUCACUACUUCGCAAGCUGCUGCCGGUCACAAGCGACCCCGUGAUGUCGAGGGAGACAGCUCCACGGACACCGUAGAACAGAUGACCGAUAAGUCGGCUCCGGUGAACAAACGAACACGAAUGCAGGGCGGAGAGACUUUCCAGCGCCGAAAUUCUGAAAAGAUUCCGCCUUUGCAGGGCGUCAGCGAGUCCGGUCUUGAGGUGGAAUAUCAGGUACCGACGUCAUCUCAGCGGGACCAAGAAGAUGACAUUAUUGUGGUGGAUUCGGAGGAAGACGACGAAGGUAUGGCUGACGAUGGCACUGCCGAUGAGGGCACCGCUGAAGCCGAUGACGGUCCGUUCGAGGGCUACGAUGCAGAAGAAGCGUACGAACAAGACGAACCGGAAAUUGCUGGCAAUUACGACGAAGGUGAAGGCCCCGAUAUCGACGAAGACAAUGUACAGUCGGCCAAUAAUGAGGUCGAUGUGGACGAUGACAACGAAGUUCCUAAUCAGUCAAGUACAUCGUCGACUACUUCGAGUGCUCAGGUUGCUGUCGAUGUGGAAACUUCCAGUACUAUUGUGGGUCAGAGCAGCAACGCCGGACCAUCCACAUCGUCCGAUGGUCAACCAACGGAGAGCAGCAAUCAACCGACUUCGAAUGAGGUGCAGCAAAUCCAGAGCAUCAGCAGUGGCAGUGGCGAACCGUCCGGUCCGUCAACUUCAUCGGCCUCCUCGACGGCAGCCAGCGCUGCUUCGACUUCUGCUUCCACAACGUCCUCUUCCACAUCGGCGUCGUCAUCGGCAUCAUCGGCCACAGCUGCCGCUGCCUCGUCUGUCACUUCCCAGGCUGUGGCUGCAUCACCCUCUCAAAGCCGACGGCAGGUGAAUCCGUUGGCUCGACAGCAGCAACAGCUCAUGCUAAUGCAGCAGAACUACGAGGAGAGUGCUGACGAUCGCAUUGUGCCCAGCACGCCAACUCUCUACGUACCACGGCGGACCGAUGGUUUCAGCGAUGCCGUCAGUUCGCCACACCCGCAGGUGCCGAAUGCUCGUUUCACAUUUAUCGAAACAUCCAGAACCUCGAACGCUGCUGCCGACGCACAGCUUCUUCCCGAGGGCAUCGAUGAUACCCGAAUGGACCUCUCCCAGCUGGAUGAAUCUAACAGCGUAAGACCCACUGGCCGUAGUGUACCGACGACCCCUCAGCAAACGUCACCGAACGAGCACGACCGAGCAGUAAUACACGGAGAAUCGGCGGUACCGAUCGACAGUAACGAAGCCGAACAAGCCGGUGAACAGCUAGCCCCUUGUGGGAGUUCGGUUGAAGUACAAGGUGAAGUAGAGGAACCUGUGGCCGGCCCAUCUGGUAUAAGUGCGAGUGCAACAAGUGGCGAGUGUGAGGGACAAGUUCCGGAAAUUACCGUUUCCGCUGCAGAAGAAGAUGAUGAUGACUACAGUAUAACUGAUUCCACUACAGCUGACCAAACGGCCAACACAUCGGAGGCUACGGCAGCAGAAAGUGGAAGAAGCGGCGAACGAACAGAUGAUGAUGAUCUAGACAUUGACAUGGACGAUGAUCGUAACCGAGAAACAGAGUCUGGCGAUGGCGUGACAUCGGAAGGCGAGAAACAUUCCACAGCUUUGGCGUCUCCGAUGGACGAGGGCAGCGAAGCUGAUGGAUUGGAAACUCCCAGCAGCAACACACGAUCUCGUUCGGUUCCCCGUGGGGCUACAAGACGCGGUCGACGCUUUGGCCACCGUGGAAGCACCAACCGAAAUAUGCCCUGGAGCGAAGGACGGCCACUCAAUCGAUCUGGCCCAUCGGUAAUGCAAAUGCCACAUCAGCAGCAACGUUCCCCAGUUGGUAGUCCCAAUCGAGCAUUCCACCACGGAUCGCCACACCAGCAACAUCAUCACAUGCAACAACCGAGCCCACCGAUGCGUCGGAACACCCGGUCAACACGCACUCGACGAUCCAAUUUGCACUACCGUUCCUGAGCGUUUUUCCAUGCAUCGUAAGCACGUACAAUUCCACGAACAUUUGCUUUCCUUACACGUAAUAUUUAUUGUAACGUUUCGGAAAUAGUGUCGAAUGCGUUAAAGACACGGUUUAAUUCGGUGUACAAAAUAAUGUUUGUAAUAUGUUUGAAAAACAUAUUACUCUCCUGAUCAACAUAAAGACUAUUUUUGAUUAUUUGA